UGGCUGCAUGUAGUUAUCAAUUUGUUACACUUUUGUGUGCUUAUUAAAUUCUAUCUAAUAGACACAUUGCUCGCCAUCACAUCCCUCACGUAGCCAGUGAGGUUACAUAGUUUUAAGAAUUUCAUUGCCUUUCUGCCUUGUACUGAACUGUCACCAGUUUGUAGGUGCAAACCCCUCCAUUGCCCACUUAAAUCACCUCACCUCCCUCAGUCUUUGUAAUUUUCUUGGCAGGAUGGCUGACGAGGGUCUCUAUACUACUGUGAACUUCAAUCAAAAGAAAAUGAAGGAGCUACAGAACAAUCAACUAACAGUAUCAACUGAGGAUAUCACUUAUGCAGAUGUAAGAAUUGUAAAACCUUUGAGUCAACAACAGCAGUCUCCAACAGUCUUAAAGAACAAUGUCACCUAUGGGGAAGUAAAUAGUGUGAAAUAUUCUAAUCAUCAGCAGGCAGAAAGAAACUCUUCCACAGAUGCCUAUGGGUUACAAAACGACAUUGGAGAAUGUCAUGCCUACAGCACUGUUGUCUGGAAAAAGGCUGAAAAUGAAAAGCAAUCCAAUGGAGGCCAAAGUAAGGCGUUUCCAUGUAAUGACAAGCAAAGGUUGUGGCUUUUAAAGCUGCUGGUGAUACUGCUGUGUUGUGUGGUGCUGGUUGUCACCUUCUCCCUGAUUGUAUACUACGUGACUGGAAAUAAAUAUAAAGAAAAUGAAGACAGACUGGAACUCAGCAUUUCUGCUAUCAAAGAAAAACUGGACCUGUUACAAACAAACUUCUCUCACCUGCAAAACCAGCACUCAGCAUUGAAUGAGAGCUUCAGUGAGCUACAGUCUCAAAAUGAUGAACUGAAAACUAAUCACAGUGAGCUUCUUUCCAGAUAUUCUUCAAUUAGUGAGAACUUCACCAAGCUGACUUUGAGAUUUACGGCCUUGGAUGACUACUGUCCUAUUACAAACAAAAUUACAAAUGAAAGGAAGUGUGCUGUCUGUCCAAAGGAUUGGCUGCAGUUCAACACAAAGUGUUACCUCUUCUCAAGUGUAUACAUGACCUGGAAUAAAAGUCGUGAUCACUGCACUUCAUUGAAGGGCCACUUGGUGAUUAUUGAGAACACAGAGGAACAGAGUUUCCUAAUAAGCACAACAAAAAGCAAAGGAGGACCGCACUGGAUUGGACUGACUGAUCAGGAGAUAGAAGGUCACUUUGUGUGGGUGGAUGGUAGACCUUUAGAUGUUAAUAACAGUUUCUGGGGUCAAAGGGACGAUGAUGAUGGGUUUGAACCGGACAACUGGACUGGUGAUGGAAAUGGUCUUGCUGGAGAGGACUGUGUUCAGCUACAGGUGACCAAGAAAUACAAUGGCUGGUAUGAUGCAUUAUGCUCUAAGAAAAGCAAAAUGAUCUGUGAAGCCAAGUUAGGCCAUCUUCAACAAGCAAGUAGAAGCCACAAAGAGUCAUGGGAGUGACCAGCACCAGACCUCAGUAGAAUCAAAGAGGAUUCAUGAGGAGAUAAACUACAGCAGACCAGCAGCUUCAUCUCAAUGGACUUUACAGCAUCCCUGACUUCAGAGGACAGCUGCACUCUGCAUCUCCAGUGACUUCAGUAUAACAUUAAACUAUUUGUAUUUGAUUUUUACUCUAAUGUUUCUGUGAACUUCUAACAUUUCCUGAAUAGUUUCAGGAGCUGUCAUUAUUUUUAAUCUAUUUUUAACAUUGUGAAUGCAUUUGUUAAAGAAAUUAUGAAAUCUUUGAGGACAUUAACUAUCCCA